AUGCCUACACAAGAGAUGUUGGAAGACCUUUUUCCUGGAGAGAAAUCAAGAAUUCAUCACCACGAUAUCUGUGAUGCGGGUUGUACCUUCAGUAGAGAAGAGAUUUCCAGGAAGCUAGAAGCAAACAAGGGCAAGAAGAAAGAAAAGCUGUUUAAUCACGCAUGGCUAUGCAAAGCUGACAUUGCCUACUGUGCAGCAAGCGGAUACUGGUGGCCUGUGUUUGUAGAAGGUGAAGGGGUGUAUUGUAUCCUGUGCAAGAAGCACAAUGUCCACUCUACACAAAAUAAGCAAGAGAAAUUCUCUGCAGAGCCCUCAGUGAGGUUCAAGUCCUCGGCAUUGGUGAGGCAUCUCAACAGUAGAACACACAAUGAAGUUAUCCAACUUGAACACACACAGAGGGGAAGUAUUUUCCAGAGAGAAGUCAGCAACAGAAAAGCUGCGGAGGCAAAAACAAUUGAAUGCGUCAUGCGUAAUCUAUAUUUCCUGAUGAAAGAGGAGAUAUCGAAUAGGAAAGCAGCCCAUCUAAAUGAGCUUGUAGCGUUGCAAGGGGGUGAAGAGAUCAAGUACUUCCAACACAGAAGUCAACGAGUGCAAAAAGAAAUGAUGCUAGCAUUGGGAGAUGCGGUUUGUAACUCCUUUUUGCCAGAUGCUCAGGCCGCCAGAUGUUUUGGACUGCUCAUAGACGACCUUACAGAUAUUGCUGUUCAAGAGCAGAUGAUCUGCUUCAUCCAGUAUGUAGAUAAGAAAGCCUCUAAACACACCAAGUUCCUUUUUACAACUAACCUUUUGAGUGGCGAAAGCUCUAGUGCGAAUUCUCCGACCAUAAAGGCAGCUGUGCUUCAAGGUUUGGAAAAUAAAUCCCUAGACACCAGAAAGUUUGCCUCAGUCUGUACUGAUGGUGCAUCAGUAAUGACAGGAGAACAAAAUGGCUUGGCUGGACUUCUUCGCAGAGAUUUCCCUGCAAUUCUCACCUUUCAUUGCGUCUGUCAUAGACUAGCUUUGGCAACUGUUGAUACCAGUAAAGAAGACGAUGUGAAAUACAUCGACAACGUUCACAACUGCCUUAGGCAGGUCUGGCAGCUUCUUGAAAACUCGCCCAAGAAAAUGGCGACUUUCAUCAAGAUACAAGCCAACGUCAACACCGUACAACUAAGUGCAAAAGGGAAAAAGGCCGUGGCAACAAAGCUCCAGAAAGCAUGCAAGACCCGCUGGCUUAGCUUUGAGGCAUCAGUGAAAUCUGUCAAGAAGUGCAUCUACCCCCUCCUCUUGGCUCUAAAGGAGCUGGAAUCCGAAAGUGCAACAGCUGGAGGACUGUACAAAAAGAUGUACUCAGGCUACUUCCUAGGAACCCUAUAUCUGCUUGGUGAGGUGCUUCCCAUUCUUAGUACCCUCAGCAAGACCUUUCAGAAAGGCGAAUUGUCAUAUGCCCACAUUAAAGGCAGCAUUGGCUACGCAAAGGCCCAACUGAAUCAGCUACUAGAGGAAGCAAAGAAAACAGAGUUCAUCAAAAACCUCACUGCUGAUCUUAGGAAUGGUCCCCUGUCUGCUACUAACAUUGAGCUUACACAAUCAGAUGAGCGAAGAUUGGCCAACCUGAAAGUUAAAUAUGUGACAAGUUUGAUUCAGAACAUCGACAAGCGGUUCUCCAAAUGUCAAGACAUCUUCUCUGCCUUUAAAGUUUUCCAUCCAGGGCUUAUACCUAGGUAUGUAUUUUUAUCUAUUAAGUGA